UUUUGAUAAGAUAUAAAAUGAACACUGAAACAGGUGCGUUAUUACAUUCUCCUCCUGAUCAAAGAUGGAUCUGCAAAUCUCAGUUUUUCUUCUCUUCAUUCUUUUCACUGCAGGACACUCUCUCCGCUGUUAUGAGUGCAUGAGUCUGACAGGUUCUUGUACGGGACAAACAGAACAAACAUGUCUCAGUGGAUAUUCUCAGUGUGAGAGUUCAACAGGGAUAACAAAAGUUGGUGACAUUACUUCUAAAGUGCAGGCUAAAGGAUGUGUUCCUGCCUGUCAAAGUGGGUCCAUAAACUUUGGCCUUGUCAGGACAGCUACAUCCUGCUGUAACACAGACCUGUGUAACCUCCAAAAUGCUCCAGAACCCUCUAAUGUCCCGAAUGGAAAGAAAUGCUACACUUGUGAUGGGGAGAGCUGCUCAGCCAUAUUGAGCUGUUCAGGAGAUGAAAACCGCUGCAUUACAGCAACAGAGACUUCUGGAAGCGUGACAGCGACGGUAAAAGGCUGUAUCUCUAAAUCCUUUUGUGAUGCUACAACAGCGGUUAGAAAUGUUGUGAGCAUCUCAUGUUGUGAGGGGAACCUGUGUAACGGUGCUCAGAGUGUCUCCCAGAGCUUCCUGUUCCUCUGCUGUUCUCUGCUCUCCUACUUCCUGCUGCACUGAAUCCAGCAGCUCUUCAUCCUACAAUAAUACAUAUAUCAAAUCAUCUAUCAGAGGAAAAUAUUAGAAUUAUUUCUUUAUUCAUUCAAUAAAUAAAUCAUCUGUUUAUUUUUUGUAUUGAAUUUGUAAAACAAUAAUUGUGUUCUCAAUAUAAGGAUUUUCCUGUGCAGUUAAAGAUCACAAAAGCAACAAGAGUCUUGUCUUUGAUAACAGGAGUGAGCAAGUUUUUAAUGUGAACAGAGUCCAUAGAAGCAAACAAUGUCUUUCUUUUGUUCCAUUGAAUAAACAU